AUGGCUAGGAAUUUUAACAACAGGAAAAGACUGAAGUCAACAGAAACGGCAGAGCUGGGAAAAAUCCUGUACAUGUGCCAAGGACAGCUUGUGAUAAAACUGGCUGCAAAGGACAUUCCAUAUCCAAAUUCUCCUGUCCUAGAUGCAUCCUCAAAAAUAAUAGGAAAGGUAGACGAAAUCCUGGGGAGAAUAGACGAUGUGCAUGUGACCAUCAAACCGGAUGACCAAUGCAGUAUUAGCAAAGAAGGAGAAACGCUGUUCUCUUAUGCAGACAAAUUCAUCCCAAAAAAGAGGUUUCUGCCAAGGGAGGAAACUGAAAAGAAGAAAGAAGAAAUGGACCGCAUCAAGCCCAAGCCUAAGAAAGAUCAGGCUUCCAAGGGCAAUAGGCCAAGAGCAUUUGGGGGAAAGCAAAGAGGAUCUGACAGGAAACCUGAUAGGAAAUGGGGCGUUAUACAAAGUAACUGGAGCAAAGGUGGAAGGAAGGCCGAGUCUAGAAAAGAUCACGGGAGCAAGAGACCUGAUGCUAAUAGGGUCAAGCCCAGAAAUUAA